AUGAACAAUUUAGAUAAUGACCAGAUUCCUCUUUCCACCUUCGCACUUACUUCGAAACAACUAGAACAAAUCCUAGAACAGCGAAACAAUAAUGGACUCCUUAGCCUCCGGCAAUUACUUGAUGGCUUACAGACCAGUAUUGCAUCCGGCAUAGCCGGAGACGAGGCGGAUAUCCGCCGCCGGCGAGCAGCGUUUGGGACCAACAACGUUGUCGUCUCCGAACAUCAACCGCCUAGUGGCUGCACCUUCCAUGAACUUGUCUGGGAAGCGCUGAGAAACUCGACGUUUGUUCUCCUUGUUUGUUGCGCCGCGCUUUCUACUGCCAUUGGGGUUCGGAGAAAUGGGGCUAAACAAGGAUUUCGCGACGGCGCUAUGUUUUUCCUCGCCAUAUUUCUGUCCCUCCAUUUCGGAGCGGUUUUUAAGGUUGUCAAGGCGAAGUGCGUGAUUAAGAAGAGAUGGUGGAAGCGGAGAAACGUGGGACUGGUUAAGGUGAUUCGACACGGGGAGCAGCUUCAAAUCCCCGCGUCCGAGGUAGUGGUCGGCGAGGUUGUUUGCUUGGAGCCCGGGGACGAAGUCCCCGCCGAUGGGAUUUUCAUCAGAAAAAGCGGCGGCGGCAGUAAAACCGCCGUGUUUACAGGCGAAAAUCCGGCGGAGGAGGGUUUGAUGGUGGUUACGGCGGUGGGGAAGAACACGGAGAGGGAGAAGCUGUUGAGACAAUCAAGAAAACACCAAAAUCCACACUCAAAAUGCUCCAAAUUCGAGUGCGAAAUCGAAAACAUAAGCGUUGUCUUGCAGAGAACAUGGCUAUCCCUGUCUCUCCUCAUGCUGGCAGUUCAAGCAGUGAGGUGCUUUGUAAAGAAAUCAUGGUGCGAACAGAACCCGAACCCUGGAAAGGGCGUGAAGAACACAGUGGAGGAGAUGAUGAACGAGACCACAAGAAUCCUGGAGAAAAUCGGCGGCGCCGGCGCCGGCAAUAACUCCGGGCUGGUAUCUAAGCUUUGCGUAUUGCUUCUUGCAUUGGGAGAUGGAUUACCUCUCGGCAUUUUCAUAACUCUCUCGUAUGCGUCCAAGAAAAUGAAGAAAUAUUACGGAGCCACAGCCUGUAAACUCCCCGCCUGUGCUACAAUCGGCUCAGUCACCACAAUCUGCGCCACCAAAACCGGCGAUUUGGAGCUCCACCCCACAUCCAUGGCGGAUUUAUGGAUAGGGUUCAAGAAAAUCAAGAAUCCCACGUCAGGAGAAGUCGAGAAUUGCCUUCUUGACAGAUUGCGCCAAGGGAUUUUGAGGUGCAAGGACGAGGAUGAUGAUUCUCUUGUUUUCUGGGCAGAAAACGUUGUUGGUCCCAUGGAUCUAAUUGAAGAAGAAGAAGACUGGAAAUCUCUACCUAGGACGAUGAAGCUGGAGAGGAAGAAAGAGGGCAACAUCCUGGUAAUCCACUGGAAAGGAGACGCAAAGUUGAUUCUAUCAAUGUGUUCUCACUAUCAUGGCGUGGAUGGAGCCAUGCAAGCUCUAGAUGAUCAACAAAAGACUCAUUUCUUCAACCAAAUACCCAAAACCUCUACCCUCCGGCUCGUGGCGUUUGCUUACAAACAACUAAAACUACAGCAAACUGAAGAAGAAGAUGAUGAUGGUGGAGAGAAUAUCAAUGAAUUGAUAAUGGAGGAGGACAAAAAUGGUGGACUGGUUUUGUUAGGUAUUGUGGCGUUAAAGAACCCAUAUGGAGUUGAGCUGAGACAUGCAAUCGAAUCGUGUCGAAAAUCAGGCGUGAAAUUGAAGCUAAUGGUUGAAGAUAACAUCAAGACUUCAAGAAUAAUGGCUUCCCAUUCUGGACUCAAAGGAGCUGUGGUUAAAGGGAUUAAUAUGAUUGAUGAGAGUUGUGUGUUUGCAGAUUCUUCUCCGGCGGACCAAUUGCUUCUGAUUCAGCGGCUGAGACAAAAGGGGGAGGUGGUGGCAUCCACCGCCGGCGCCACUUCCGUCCGACACCUCCCGGCGUUACAAGAAUCCGACGUUGGGAUUUUCAUGGGAGAAGAAUCAUUGAAAUCCACGAAGAACCCAGAUGCAGAUAUUACAAUCAACGGCGUAAACUUUGGGAAAAUCUUUGAAAUAUUAAUGUUUGGAAGGCACAUUUGCAGAAACCUUCAAACCUUCAUAGAACUGCAGCUCACUCUCAACAUCACUGCCUUCACUGUAACUUUCUUAGCCCAAAUCAUCUCCAAUGACGAUGAACCGCUGACGGCAUUUCAGAUUCUCUGGGUAAACCUCGUCAUGGACACUCUGGGAGCCUUUUUCUUGGCGAAAUCAACCUUGGAAAAUCCGAAUUUUCCCAGAAUUCUUCAAGUGUUAAGUGUCGUAAACAUGAACACCAAGAUAAACGUGGCAAUCCAAUCUUUGUUUCAAGUCACCCUUCUCCUCACCCUUAAUUUCCUCAACAAGCGCGAUCUGAUCUUCCAUUGCUAUGCGCUAUUGCAAGUUUUUGUGUUAAUAGCGAAGAUUUUAACAACGGCGGCCGACACCGGCGGCAAAAGCUGCCGCAGGUUAACGUUGUUGGCAUUUUCAGUACUGCUAAUCUUUGUGUCUCUGCAGGUGGCGAUGAGUGAGAUCACGGCCGCCAUUUUCCACUGCCAAAAGCUGGGGUUCAAGCAAUGGGUGAUUUGCGUUGGAAUUUCGUUCUUAUCUGUUCCCAUAACAUAUGCAGCAAACUUGAUUUCUGCCAUCAAAAUAAUGGUUUAA